GACAGAUUUUCUGAGUUUCCUCUUUCUCACCCUCCGGAUAGAAAUUAGAAAUCCAGUGAAGCGAAAGAGAGAGUCGUAGAUCACACGACAAGAGCAGCGUUUCGUUUCUCAGGUACCUUCGAGCUCUAGGGUUUCGAAUUCUCUCCAUCUCCUCUCUUUCUCUCCAUAUUUAUACAUAUAUCAGAUAUACACAUACAUAAAGGCGUAGAAGAUGGCUCAGAAUGGCAAAUUGAUGCCAAAUCUGGACCAGCAAAGCACCAAACUCCUCAACCUCACCGUUCUUCAGCGCAUUGAUCCCUUCGUCGAAGAGAUUCUCAUCACCGCUGCUCAUGUCACCUUCUAUGGAUUCAACAUCGACCUCAGCCAAUGGAGUCGCAAGGAUGUCGAAGGAUCUCUAUUUGUUAUUAAGAGGAAUACUCAACCUCGAUUCCAGUUUAUUGUGAUGAACCGCCGAAAUACAGAUAAUUUGGUGGAGGAUCUCUUGGGAGAUUUUGAGUAUGAAGUCCAAGUUCCAUAUUUAUUAUAUCGGAAUGCAGCCCAAGAAGUAAAUGGUAUAUGGUUCUACAAUCCACAGGAAUGUGAGGAGGUUGCUAGUCUUUUUAGCAGGAUACUAAAUGCAUUCUCUAAGGUGCCUUCGAUGUCAAAGGUAUCUUCAGCUAAAAGUGAGUUUGAAGAACUGGAAGCAGUCCCUACCAUGGCAGUAAUUGAUGGUCCUUUAGAGCCAUCUGCGUCAACCACCUCAAGUGUCACAGAUGUUCCUGAUGACCCUUCUUUCGUUAACUUCUUCAGUGCUGCUAUGACUAUUGGGAAUACUUCAAAUGCUGCAAUGACUGGACAACAUAACCAGUCUUCUGCAGUGAUUCCUCCUCGUCCACCCAGUGUUCCUCGGACUUUACCAACCAUCCAGUUACCCGCACCUCCACUGUCAACAUCCACUUCUUCGAUGCCCCCAGAAAUCAGCAGCAAUAGCAAUCGAGCAGCAAAUCUUUUAAAGCCAUCUUCAUUUUUCAGUCGUCCCUCUUCUGGCCUGGUGAUGCCACCCAUCUUGUCAUCUGUCCCUACUGCUCCACCACUCAGUCAUUCUGGGAGUCUACAACGCCCAUAUGGUGCUCCUUUGCUGCAACCCUUCCCCCCACCCUCUCCCCCACCAUCCCUUACUCCAGCUUCUAUUCCUGGUCUGGACUAUGUUAUUAGUAAAGAUAAAGUCCGUGAUGCCAUACUGACACUUGUACAGGACAACCAAUUCAUUGACAUGGUUUACCGGGCACUGCUGAAUGCACAUCACUCCUGAGCAGUUUAAAGCAUCAAAUUUAGUUUACAUUGUUCUGCAACCAUGAGUGAAGAUGGUAGGGUUUGGAGGGGCUGUAAACUAUUAUUUUGGGCCUCAAGUUUUCCCUUUAUAUUGUCUAUAUGUUGGCUUUGUUAAUGUGAGCCUGUCAAUUCUUAUCAAUCAUCUUUAGAGGUAAGAAAAUUUGCCCAGUUAUGGAUGACGUAAGUUUGUAGAUUCAACGUAGGAUUGAUGCAGCGAUCGUAACCGGAAGAAGAGAUCAAGCAUAUGGAUUUUCAUUUGAAGGACCUUAUGAAACAUGCAUAAACUGGCCGACGACAGAAAAUAAAGUUUAAUGGGCUUUAAUAAUUGGGCCAAGCA